UGGCUUUUACCCUGGAAGAAAGACAACUGUUGAAUAUUCAUGGAUUAUUGCCACCUGGCUUCAUCAAUCAGGAUAUCCAAGUUCUUAGAAUAAUUAAAAAUUGUGAGCGUCUGAACUCUGACUUUGACAGGUAUCUUCUCUUAAUGGAUCUUCAAGACAGAAAUGAAAAGCUCUUUUAUCGCGUGCUCAUGUCUGACAUUGAGAAGUUCAUGCCUAUUGUUUACACUCCAACUGUGGGUCUGGCUUGCCAGCAAUACAGUUUAGUUUUUCGGGAACCAAGAGGUCUUUUUAUUAGUAUCCAUGAUCGAGGGCAUAUUGCUUCAAUUCUUGAUGCAUGGCCAGAAGAUGUCAUCAAGGCUAUUGUGGUGACCGAUGGAGAGCGUAUUCUUGGCUUGGGAGACCUUGGUAGUAAUGGAAUGGGCAUCCCUGUGGGUAAAUUGGCUCUGUAUACAGCUUGUGGAGGGAUGAAUCCUCGUGAAUGUCUGCCCGUCACUCUGGAUGUGGGAACAGAAAAUGAGGAGUUACUUAAAGAUCCACUGUACAUUGGACUCCGGCAGAGAAGAGUGAGAGGUCCUGAAUAUGAUGCUUUUUUGGAUGAAUUCAUGGUGGCAGUUUCUUCCAAGUAUGGCAUGGAUUGCCUUAUUCAAUUUGAAGAUUUUGGCAAUGUAAAUGCAUUUCGUCUCCUGAACAAAUAUCGAAACCAGUAUUGCACAUUCAACGAUGAUAUUCAAGGAACAGCAUCUGUUGCAGUCGCAGGUAUCCUUGCAGCUCUUCGAAUAACCAAGAACAAACUGUCUGAUCAAACAAUACUAUUCCAAGGAGCUGGAGAGGUACCUGCCUUAGGGCGUGCUGCCUUAACAAAAGAAAAAGAGGAAUUUGCUCAUGAACAUGAAGAAAUGAAAAACCUAGCAGACAUUGUUCAAGAAAUAAAACCAACUGCUCUCAUAGGAGCUGCCGCAAUUAGUGGGGCAUUCUCGGAACAAAUCCUCAAAGACAUGGCUGCCUUCAAUGAACGGCCUAUUAUUUUUGCUUUGAGUAAUCCAACCAGCAAAGCAGAAUGUACUGCAGAGCAGUGUUAUAAAGCAACCCAGGGGCGUGCGAUUUUUGCCAGUGGCAGUCCUUUUGAUCCAGUCACUCUUCCUGAUGGUCGGACCCUGUAUCCUGGCCAAGGCAACAACUCCUAUGUGUUUCCUGGAGUUGCCCUUGGUGUUGUGGCGUGUGGAUUGAGGCAUAUCACAGACAAGGUUUUUCUCACGACUGCUGAGGUUAUAGCUCAGGAAGUGUCAGAUAAGCACUUGGCAGAGGGCCGCCUGUAUCCUCCUUUGAACACCAUUAGAGAUAUUUCUCUGAAAAUCGCAGUAAAGAUUGUGAAAGAUGCAUACCAAGAAAAGACAGCCACAAUUUAUCCUGAACCCCCAAACAAGGAAGCAUUUGUCUGCUCUCAGAUGUAUAGCACUGAUUAUGACCAGAUUCUACCUGAGGCGGCCCAGAAAAUACAGACCAAAUCUGACCAGUAACAUAAUAACUAACAUUUCUAAUUCCAUUAUGAGAUCUGAAAUCUUUCAUAAUUUUUAAAGAUUAGACUCUUUUAUAAUGAUUUACAAUAUGCUAGAUUAAGAUAAUUUUACUUUAACAAUCUAAAAAUUUAUGGGAAAAUAUUAAUAUACUUUAGGGCACAUAUCAUACUAGACAAUUUUGCUUCAUUUACUUUCUGGUUAUUUAUGAUUUCUAUCUUAUUUUGCCCAAGUUCUCUUUAAAAGUUAUUGUACCUACUACUGAGAAACUCAUUGUUUUUAUAUAGGGAACUAAUGGGAAGACCAAAAUUAGUAAUAAAUUGAUAUGAUUAAAAUUAAAACCCAUCAUUCUUUGGCUGACCAAUUUGUUAAAAAUCUUUUUUUAUAUAUAGACAGAAAUAUAUUUAGGCAUAAAUGAACUUUUGCUAAAAACAGAAAUAACACGUUGUUGCCUAGAGAAAUAUAACUUCUCAGGUAUUUUUAUUCCAAUUCCAGACCAUACUUGUUCUUUUGGUGCAACUGAAUUCUAACAUUUCUAAGAAAGAUUAUUGCUGUUUACAAUGCAUUGGGCAGCCUUAGAUUUUAAUAUUCUUUCUCCAUUGUUACAUCUUCUUAUCAUCUUGGCCUCCAUCACCUAUCCCUUCUAAUAGCAUCUUUCUUUCCCCUGACUAAGUACCCUAUCCUUCAGCUCCACUUUACUGCUCCUGGGCCUUUGAGGACUAUGGCUCCUGUCCUGAGGUAGGUACCUUCAGUUCAGCACAGGCUGAGCAGUGGGAAGAGGAGAGGGGAGAGUAGGUCAGCUCCUUGAGAAAGGGGUGUCUGCGGUGUCAACCUCUUAAGACAAGGAUCUGCAGAGUUAGGAGUGAGAGCCCAGUUCCCAGACAAGCUGGGUUCCCACUUGAGUGACCUGCUCUAAUGUUCCUUUGAUUCGUUCUGAUAAUCAAGAGCUCCUUUUGUGGUUACAGUAAACACAAUUUCCUCUGAAUUUGGAGAAAAUUUUGUAACCACUUCCCCAAUAGCAGAAAUCUUUACAUUAGAUAUUAAAAUAUUCUAAUUACCAUUAGUAGUUACAGCCAAGAAAUUCAUGUUCAUUUCAAGCUUUACUUUAGAAAUUAAUCACUGAACUAGUGGAGACAAUUUUAAAUUCAUAAGCUCAGGUACAACAACAUUUGCUAUUGUAGAAUUUUUCGGAGAAUUUUCUGUUUUUUGAAGUAAUGCUUUUAAAGAAUAUAAAACGAUGUUCAAGGUUAACUAUACUAUAAAUGAUUUUAUUGUAAGUGGAAGGUUAUAAAUUGUUUUAAGUGGGAGAAGGGGUGGGGGUAUUUCUGAAGGUAAGAUUUAGUCAAGAAUUUCCUCAAUAUAGUUAUUUUGAUAAGAUCCAGAAUGCCUCUUUUUUGUCUGUUUCGAUGUUGUGUUAUAGCUCUAGCUAAAUGUACUUACCUAUGCAAAAGAUUUAUUAAAGCAUAGAAAAAGUGAAUGAAGAAAAGUGUAAAAUAAUUGU